ACCCACGUGCAGCCUUAGUAGCCUUGAGCUAAUGUUUUGUUUACAUGUAUUUCCUGGAGGAAUAACCGCUUGAUUUCUUAUUUUUUUAGAAUAUUUAUGAUUAAAAACCUGAUUGUAGAUAAAAUAUGUCGUGCACAGACCGUGAGUUUGAGCGCUGGAAGAGGCAGAACGAGCAGAGGAUGGACCAGAGUAAGAAGGGCGGGGUGGACGAGGACAUAGCCGGGCUGGUGCGACUCCUGAACGGCACAGAACAGUACUUCACCACGUCCUCCUGCUCCGGACGGGUCAUCCUCAUAGAUGGGAGCGCAGAGAGCAGUGAUGUCCAGAAACAGAACUGUCAGUGGCUGUUCGUCUCCCACCAGAAGUGUACCACAGAGCAGCUGACAGAGGCUGUUGACCGGUCCAGUGGAGAUGCCGUGUUGAAGUUUGAACCGUUCGUGCUCCAUGUGCAGUGUCGCAGACUGUAUGAUGCUCAGCUUCUGCAUUCUGUGGCCAUAAACUCCGGCUUCAGGAACUCUGGCCUCACAGUAGGAAAAACAGGCAAAAUCAUAUCGGCGAUCCGUAGCACCCAUGGUCUGGAGGUGCCACUCACCCACCAGGGCACUCUGCUGGUCACCCCUGACUACAUUCAGUUCCUAUGUCAAAUCUGCAACCAGAAGAUGGAGGAGAACCUGAGACGCAUUCACAGAUUUACUGAGAACCUGCAGAAGGCUUUGGCAGCAGCAGACAUCCCCAGACUACAUGUCCCAGAAUGCCUCAGUGCACAGCCACCUCAGAGUCUAAACGGGGACAAACCUGAGGAGAACUCAAAACAGAAGGUUUACAGGCGCAGACGGAAACAACAGCAAAACCACAGUUACCAUGGCGACGGGAAAGAUACCAGUGACUGUAACCUGGACAAAAGUAGAGACAGUUGCCACAACGAUAGUGACGGUUCCACUACAGAGCUCAAUCACUGUCUGGAUCUCUUCACAUAAUGUAUGGAUAGUACAGGAUUUUUUUUUUCAUUUGUACCAAAGUUACUAUGCAAUGCUGCUGAAUCUGUUUUUUAUUUUUUACAAAUACAGAAAAUGUAUAUGGGUGAUUAUCUCUAAAUGAAUGUUGAAAUUAGAGGAGAUAUAGCUGAUAGCAUUGAAAUUGAUAUUAUGCAGCUGAUGUCAUCAACAUUCCCUGGAGGAGUGAUGCUAACUGUAGGCACUGCUCUGUCUGUUACUUUGUGAGCUUUAUUUUAACACAGUCUGACCAGAAAAGAUAUGACCUAGUUGGAACUAUAACAGGUGAGCUGAUUUGUGCUGUUAAACAAGUCUCACACAUAAAAUUACCGUCACAAGCUAGCUAGCAGAAGCCAACAGUUUUUCAUUUAGUCACUUUCACCUUUUUUGUUGAAAUUCAC